AUGGCUGCGAGAGUGCUGCUGCAACGGCGCUCGUUGGCGACCAUGGCUCUCGGUGGCAUGGCCCUUGCCCCGGCCACCGUCUACGCCGAAGCGCCUCAGUCGUAUAAGGCAUGUCGUCCUACCCCGGAGAGAUCAUACAAGUUGUUCAGAAAGUCCAUCUACGACGACGUAGCCGCCGAGGUCGUCCCAGCUAAUGCCGCACCGGCAAAGGAGGCACCCGCCCGCGCCGCCGCCACGCAAGAAAUCACCAAGUCGACCGAGGGCACCGUCCCUGAACGUCGCCCCACCCCAACCGACCGGCUGGCCGUUCAGAUCGGCAACGCCCGCUUGUUCCUGCACAAGUACGUGGCCGCGGCCGAAGACAGGGUCAACGAGAUGGUGGACUCGGCCUUCAGCCUGGAGCGGUCGUUUACGGGGACGCUGGCAUCGCUGGCGCCCCCGCGCGACAGCGGCGAGAAGCUGAUGCCUGGGUCCAUCUACGUGAUCGUGGCCGCCAUGGCCGGCAGCAUCGUCACCCGCAACCGCAACAUCCUCCUCCGUGCCACGGCGCCCCUCGCCCUGGGCGUGGGCGCCGCCUGGACUGUCCUGCCCAUCACCAUGCGCAACGUGUCCGACCUGGCCUGGGAGUACGAGAAGAGGGUCCCCGCCGUCGCCGACGCCCACAUCCAGACCCGCGAGGGCAUCGAGAAGGCCAUCAGCUUCGCCAAGGUCCACAAGGAGGUCGGCCUCCGGCUCGUCAACGACAAGGUUACCGAGGCUAGGGAGACUGUCGAGGGUUGGGUUAGGCAGGGGAAAUAA